CCGGCUGGGCUCGCGCACGCAGCACACCUUCGCGUGCAGAUGAGGUCGAGAGCGCACUCGAAGCACAGCAGCGUGCGUCUGGUUCCGGGCCGGGGGAUUGCUUCUUCUUCAUCAGGCGGGUCCAGGUGAUCUCGCACCGGGGAGACGCGCCCACGCGCCCACGCGCCCAGCCGCCUCAGCGUCCGUCGGCGGAAACCCUAACCACUCCCGCCCCCCGGUCUCCAGCACACGAGCGCCCGAGUCGAUGUUCAAGUCCAUGCGUUCUCAUCUCCUCAGCUGAAGCCCCAAAUUUCGCCCGCCGAGAUGGAAAAUGCGCACACUCAACCGGCGAGUGAAGUUUUAGACUUGUUCGGCGUGAACGAAAACACAGGGCUGACUCAGGAGCAAGUCAAAGUGCAACUGGACAAAUAUGGGCCGAACGAGCUCCCCGCUGAAGAAGGAAAGUCCCUGUGGGAACUGGUGCUGGAGCAGUUUGAAAACCUUCUCGUCAGGAUCCUGCUCCUUGCCGCCUGUGUCUCCUUUGUGUUGGCUCUGUUUGAGGAGGGGGAGGAGACCGCCACCGCCUUUGUCGAGCCUGUCGUCAUCCUCCUCAUUCUCAUCGCGAACGCCGUUAUUGGUGUCUGGCAGGAGCGAAAUGCCGAGAAUGCCAUCGAGGCACUUAAAGAGUAUGAGCCCGAGAUGGGAAAGGUGUACCGCAUGAACCGGAAAGCCGUGCAGAGAAUCAAAGCCAGGGACAUCGUUCCAGGAGACAUAGUCGAGGUGGCAGUCGGGGACAAAGUUCCGGCGGACAUCAGGGUGACCUCUAUUAAGUCCACCACCUUGAGAGUGGACCAAUCCAUCCUCACAGGGGAGUCCGUGUCCAUCAUCAAACACACUGACCCAGUUCCUGACCCCAGAGCUGUCAAUCAAGACAAGAAGAACAUGUUGUUUUCUGGCACCAACAUUGCGGCCGGUCGGGCUAUCGGUGUGGUCGUGGCGACUGGCGUCGCCACCGAAAUUGGCAAAAUCCGCAAUCAGAUGGCGGCGACGGAACAAGAUAAGACGCCGCUGCAGCAGAAGUUGGACGAGUUUGGCGAGCAGCUCUCCAAGGUCAUCUCCCUCAUCUGCGUGGCCGUGUGGGUGAUCAAUAUCGGCCACUUCGGAGACCCCGUCCACGGCGGCUCCUGGGUGCGGGGAGCCAUCUAUUACUUUAAGAUAGCGGUGGCCUUGGCUGUGGCCGCCAUCCCCGAAGGCCUGCCUGCCGUCAUCACCACCUGCCUGGCCCUCGGGACCCGUCGCAUGGCCAAGAAGAACGCCAUCGUGCGCAGUCUGCCCUCCGUGGAGACCCUCGGUUGCACCUCUGUCAUCUGCUCUGACAAGACGGGGACCCUCACCACCAACCAAAUGUCCGUUUGCAGAAUGUUUGUGAUAGACAAAGUGCAGGAUUCAAGCUGCACCCUGCAUGAGUUCUCCAUAACUGGAUCCACGUAUGCACCUGAAGGGCAAAUACUGAAAGGAGACCGGUCAGUCCAGUGUGGAGACUAUGAUGGACUUUUGGAGUUGGCCACCGUGUGUUCCAUGUGCAAUGACUCCUCAUUGGACUACAAUGAGGCCAGAGGGAUGUACGAGAAGGUGGGCGAAGCCACAGAGACUGCCCUGAUCACCUUGGUGGAGAAGAUGAACGUCUUCAAAACGGACCUUUCCGGACUGGGCAAGGUGGAGCGUGCCGGGGCCUGCAACUCGGUGAUUAGGCAGCUGAUGAAGAAGGAGUUCACGUUGGAGUUCUCUCGUGACCGCAAGUCCAUGUCGGUCUACUGCACGCCAGUCAAGCCCGGCUCUCAGAGCAAGAUGUUUAUCAAGGGUGCUCCAGAGAGUGUGCUUGAGCGAUGCCGGUACGUGCGUGUGGGAACUGGCAAGGUGGCGCUGACGCCCGCGCUGCGUGACCAGCUCAUGUGCAAGGUCCGCGACUGGGGCACAGGCCGGGACACCCUGCGCUGCCUCGCUCUGGCCACUCGCGACAACCCGCCGCGCAAAGAGGACAUGGAUUUGGAGAAUUCCGGCAAGUUUGUAGACUAUGAGUUGAGCCUCACAUUCAUUGGCUGUGUGGGCAUGCUGGACCCGCCGAGGAAGGAGGUAAUAGGCUCGGUGAAACUCUGCAACGAGGCAGGUAUUCGUGUGAUCAUGAUCACGGGGGACAACAAGGGCACAGCGGUGGCCAUCUGCAGGCGCAUCGGCAUCUUCGGCGAGGAGGACGACGUGACGGGAAAGGCGUACACCGGCCGAGAGUUCGAUGACCUGGCCCCCGAAGCCCAGAAAGGAGCAGUGAAACACGCGCGAUGUUUCGCACGUGUGGAGCCAGCGCACAAGUCGAAGAUUGUUGGAUUCCUGCAGUCCUUCGACGAGAUCACUGCCAUGACUGGAGAUGGAGUGAAUGAUGCCCCCGCCUUGAAGAAAGCGGAGAUUGGCAUCGCCAUGGGCUCGGGUACAGCAGUGGCCAAAUCGGCCUCUGAGAUGGUACUUUCUGACGAUAACUUCUCCACCAUUGUGUCUGCUGUGGAGGAGGGCAGAGCCAUCUACAACAACAUGAAGCAGUUCAUCAGAUACCUUAUCUCCUCCAACGUGGGCGAAGUCGUGUGCAUCUUCCUGACAGCCAUUCUGGGUCUCCCCGAAGCUUUGAUACCAGUCCAGUUGUUGUGGGUUAAUCUGGUGACUGAUGGUCUGCCUGCCACCGCCCUGGGCUUUAACCCCCCUGACUUGGACAUCAUGGACAAACCUCCGCGUAAUCCCAAAGAACCUCUCAUCUCAGGAUGGCUUUUCUUCCGCUACUUGGCCAUUGGAGGCUAUGUGGGUCUUGGGACAGUGAGUGCAGCCACGUGGUGGUACCUGUUUGAUGAAGAAGGGCCACAAGUGUCUUUUUAUCAGCUGAGACACUUCAUGCAGUGCACCGAGGAGAACCCAGUGUUUCAGGGAAUCGAUUGCGAGGUGUUUGAAUCCCGCUACCCCACCACCAUGGCCCUGUCUGUGCUAGUCACCAUCGAAAUGUUCAACGCGCUCAACAGUUUGUCUGAGAACCAGUCCCUUGUUAGAAUGCCUCCCUGGGUCAAUAUUUGGUUACUGGGAGCCAUCAUCCUUUCUCUCUCCCUCCACUUCUUAAUCCUUUAUGUUGAGCCUAUGCCACUGAUCUUCCAGGUGACCCCUCUGCGAUGGUCUCAAUGGACCGUGGUCCUGAAAAUUUCAAUCCCUGUCAUCCUCCUUGAUGAGGCACUCAAAUAUAUUUCCAGGAAUCAUCUUGAAGGUGAUGAUGACAACAAGUACAGAAGGAGAUGGCAGCAGAAUUAAGUCGUCUCCCUCAAACACGCUCACACAGUUAGACGCAAGCCUUCCUUCUUCCCUUUCCAAGCGGCAACACCCGACUCAUCCUUCCCUACUCCUGCGUUUUGGAUGAACCGCCACGACACGGUCAAGAGACGUGCGUGAGAACGCAUGUGCACGACGAAGAAAGCCGCUGCGCGCUUUGGCUUGAGUGCGAGAGUGAAUGAGGGCAACUGUUUGAGACGUCUGCAGUUAUUUUGUUGUUGUUGUUCUUACAGUACAGUAGUGCAAAUUGAGCGGUGCGUUUGCUGGACAAGAAAGGAGAGCAGUGGAAUGGGGAUUAAUAAUUUGCGGGGGGUUGGAGGGGUGUUAAAGAGAAGAAAAAUCUAAAUGAUCACAGAGAUGGAAAGGUGAUUGCCGAUUGGUUGCUUGUGGCUAAAUGCGGCUCUUGAGCUAUUGUGUGUGUGUGUCAGGUCACUUGAGAGCGUUACCAAACCUGUGUGCGCAUGUGUGGUACUGCCCGAGCUUCUGCAAAUCAGUUUUCUAGGAGCACAGUCGUGUGAUAAUGUGAUCCGGUUGUCGUCCCAGUCAAGCUUCGUCGUCACUCUUCGUCUUUCCCCUCAGCUCAAAUGGUGUUACAGUGCUCAACUGUCCUUGUUCUGACUGCACUCGCACCGUCUGCGUGAAUAGCUUCACGCCGCUUGUCCGCUUUCUCCAAUGCCUUACUUGCGGGCCCACCUUAAAGACUUGGCGACAAAUGAAAAGUCAAAUAAAAAAACUCAAACGUCAAGCGGCAAUGAAACCAACGUAUCAGUGGUGUCGUCAUUCGGACCUUUUAAUUUAUUCCGUGAGCGCACGACUUUCGCGUGAAAAUGUACUUUAACCUUUACAUGUAUUUGGGGCCAUCUCGAAACUGUUCAAUGUUUCAGUACUUUUCGCACAAGUUGCUGUUCUCUAGCAAAGACUUAAACAGCAAACGAGCGGUAUCCCAGGACGUCCACUUUUAUGGCUUUCUGCUACAUUUUCCGUCUCUCUGUUGCAACCUGCUGAUGACACUGUGCCUCUCUAAGCUUAGCGGCCACUUUCCUCUGAGAACACCCCGUUUGAAAGCCUGCGAUGGCGAGGUACGAUCGAUCCACUGUUUAGCUUUUGUCUUGAUGUCACGAUAUCAAAAUGUGAACAGAAUUGGUAUUGAAACGGUCCUCUUCAUCAUAGAGGACGGUUUAAAUACCACUUCUGAUCGAACCAGGAAACGUAUGGUGGUUUGAUGAAUUAAACAUAUUGUGAAUUUUUGCCGAGAUCUGCAAAAAGUAGUGAAACAUCGAACAGUUGGAAAUGCGGAUUGAAAGGUUUUGAGAAGAGCACGUUAACUUCUCCUGUAAAGGUUACGGAGCACCUUAGGUUAAUCCUGAAAAUUCACCCGAAAGCCGACUAUCCCUAAAUUUUUGUGAGUACUGUAUAUAUUACUGUAAGCUAAUAAAUAUUUCAGCCUCUGAGUUAAAGAACUGCAAGUAGGCUGCUUGUCUCUCCAGAAAAGAUGAAAUCACACCAUGCCUUAUACAGCCCCACUGCACCUCCACUUUGAACAAGUGGUGAAAAUGAAUGUCUGCGUAAUACUCACUGCUACCACUCAAAAGAUGCUUGGCCCAAAAGGGAGGUGUUGGUCCUCAGGAUGUUGACGGAAAACCUGAUUUUUUUUUUUUUUUUUCCCCCCCCCCAUUUUCGAGUGUGUGUGCUUUGUGCGCUGCUCUUUCACUCCUCCCACGUUCUCGGUCUUUUAGCAACUCAAUUGGUAAUGUUUUAUAUAAUUAAAUAAUGUAUUUGACUGAAUGAACACGCAGGGUUGAGAGUGUAUGUUUUAUCUCUUAAUUAUUGGUUUCGUGCCAGGUCCCGGUGCAAUGUGGACCAGGUCCCAGUGAUUUUUGCUUUAUUUUAUUUUAUUUUGGUCCGCUUGCCCAUUGCUUGCGCACAUUAACAGAAAAAGUGCUGGAUUUAAAAGUAAGAGGGUGAUAAUGUUCCCAAUGAAUUCCGCGAGAUGUGUAAAAAUAGCUUUCAUAAUAAUGUUUUGAACACCAAGGGGGAGUGUGUGCUCAGAACCACCUGCUCCCGUGUCCUGGUUUUCCAUGGCUCUGCAACCUCUGGCCACCAGGCAAUACAGAGGUCUGUAUACGCUUGUUAUUUACUACUGAAUCCUCAGUUCUGUACAGAAGAUGAAUAUAUGAUUGCAUGGAGUCACGUUACUGUAAUAAUAACCUAUACAGUAUAUAGAUUGUUUUGAGCGAUAGCAAUGAAUGAAUGACUUCUUUUUUCCCCUUUCAGCACUUCUUACUGUUUUUGUAGACUAGACAGAUAUUUAUCUUUUUGGGGAGGGGUUUACAUUCUUUUGUGGGUUUUUUUUGUGUUGGACUGUAGGGGAAGAAUACGGCAUCAAGCUCAAGAAUCAUUGCUUGCUCUGGUUAACUGAUCAUUUCAGUUUGUUGGUCUGGGAAUGGUCAAAUGAUUUGUGUAGGAAUUGUGGUUAACAGUGAGCAAGUGGCAGUAAUGGAUUCUGGGUAAUGAAGUUUUCUGACUGUACAGUGAAGGGCUUGAUGUGGAUGCAGGCUCUGGAGACCCAUGACGCUCCUUAAAAAUUGGACACCAUCGUGGUACUCCUGCCAUCUCGGAUAACCUGGUUUACCAACAGUAGUGGGACGAUAAUGUUCAUAUCAAGAUCAUUUAACAAUUUUAAGAAAAAUGAAGUCUCUAGAGCCUGACGUCUACCUCUGAAAAUGGAAAAUAUAGUCUGUAUUGCCUUGUUAAUAUUGAAUGUGGACACAUUUUAUAUAAAACAUAGACGUGGAAAUAAAGAUUAUUUA